CCUUCGCUCCCGCUCAACAGAUGUUUCUUUUGCCGCUCCAAGAAGGCAAUAAGUUCACUUUUCUCUCUCUUCUCAAAAAACCCUAAAAAUUCAGAAGAGAGAAAGGUAAGCCAUAGAUUUUGCAGGUGAACCUGAGAGAGCUCUUUUGCAGGACAGUUUAAAAAUUUUUGGCGGGAUUUCCAAAGCUUUUCUUUGCUGAUUUCAACGGCUACUUGUUCCAGGACGGAACACUGCUUCAGGAUUGUUGUCCACUAUUAGAUAAGCUUAGACUUCCAAGUGUAAGUCCGGAUUGAUUGGUGUUAGUUCAUUGAAAUAAGAAUGGAGAGUUCAGAGGUUUUGGAUGCGUCAGGGCUUCGGAGUGUUGAAGUGACUUCACCUAGUGAUGGGUUAAUGCAGCCAGAUAUUAGCUUUAAGGAGGGUGAGAAUCUUGGAAGUGAUAUCUUGGAUGAUUUAGAAUCCUAUUUGGAAGACAUUGAUGACAGCCUUACCAUUUCGAGGAUGGUGAGUGAUUCUGUCAUUAAGGGAAUGGUGAAUGCUGUCAUUGAAGAUUCUGCUGAGAAAAUAGCUUUGAAAGAAUUGGAAGUGCAGACAUUGAAUGAAAGGUUGCAAUUUUAUGAAGCUGAUGCAGAUAAAGUUAAAGAAUUAAGGUUGUCAACUGUUGGAAUGGAUAAUGACAGAUCUCAGUUUAAGCUGCAGUCAAGCUUUCUUGGCACUCAUGUGCAGCGAGGUAGAACUGAAGUUUGUUUUGGCAAUUUAAGAGGGGCUGCAGAAGAGCAGUUUCAGAGGCUUCAAAAAGACAUGAACGACCUUAAGGAGUGUAAACUGGUUGGGAAAACGAUGCUUGGUGUUGGUACACAGAGAGUAGGUGGUCAUAUUCAAGGAAAUGUUGAAGACAAAUGGGAGGAGGUGGAUAAAACCCUAAAUUUGUUGAGAAGUAUUGUAAAUACUGUCUUGGACCAGGUUGAUGAUGUGGUUUACUUGUCUAAGACAUCACAUAGUGAGUGGCAGCAAGAGCAGGAGUUUCAGGAAGAAAUUGAAGCCAUGGUGAUUCAGAAUUCUAUCAAGAGCUUACAAGAGGAAUUGAAAAUUGAAGUUUGUAUUGGUGAAAAUAUUAAACAAUUGGUCAAUGAGAUUUCAAGUCUACGCCAAGAGCUGGAUUUCAUUUCAAAGUCUUUAUUCAGUUCCGAGUCGGGUUAUCUACCAUGUCAUGGAUCUCAUGAAAGUGCUGAAGAAUGGAAUGCUUCUUCAAAAGAUAAUAUCAACCAAAAGGCUAGCAAUCACAUAUCACUUCCCUCUUCCCUUCAAAAGGAAAAUGGAAAACUUGAACCUAAGAGCUCUUCACUAGAUAGAAUGGACUCUGCAGAGUUGAAGCACAGGUCAAUUGAUGAAUUAAUCAUCUUUUUCCAAGGAGAAAUGGCCAUCAUGAAGAGAAACCAUGAGUCAAUGUUGCAAGAGAAGACUGAGGCAUAUUUCAGCCUUAGGAGGGAAUUUCUAAAAGAAAGAGGUCCACUAUCUUUGAGGAGGGAUAAGGUGUUUGACUCAUUGAAGAAGAAGAUCCCAGAGGUCAUUUUAAAGCUGGAUGGUCUCCUGAAGGAGAAAAAGGAAUUGCCUGUGAGUUAUGAAGAUUCCAUGAGUAUCCGCUUCUUAAAGGAUAGACUUGAUGCUCUGCAUUCUGAGAACCGUCUGCUCAAAGAUUUACUCGCAAAUAAGAGAGAAGAAGUCAAAUGCUUAUCAUCACAGGUAUCCGAUGCCACAGAUAAAAUGUCCCACCAUUCUUUGAUGGAGGUAGAUUUGUUGGAAGAAACAAGGAAGCUGAACUGUGUUAUGGAAGAUUUUAAAAUGGAUGUUUCAGUUAGGGAAGAGAUAAACAUAUGUAUCCUUAGGGAUGUAGUUAGAAAGUUCAAGUGUGAUGUCGAAGAUUCAGACACGAAGUUUAGAGUCAUGCAAGAUAUUUGUAAGAUUAUUUUCAGGGAAUCUAUUAAGGAUGCUGAGGCAAUGAUGGAAUGGGGCAUCACAGAUUCAGAUAUGGAAUAUAUUAUCAUGCAAGAAGUUUGUGGAACAAUUCACAGAGAAGCUGUUAAGAAUGCCCAGGCUGCAAUUAAUCUUAUCAAGGCAGAAUAUGAAAAAGAAAAUGGAAAGAUAGUCUGUCUUGAAGCAACAUUUUUAGAAACUAAGAAAGCCCUAAGUUUAGAGACUGAAGAGAAGGAGCAAUUGAAGCAAGACAAGCUCUCAUUAUUAACAGUAGUGGCAGAGAAGGAAAAGUUGGCUGAGGAAAUAGAAUCUGCAAUGAUAAAGGAGAAGAAAUGCUAUGAACUGGUUUGUCAAGAGAUCGAUCAGCUAAAAGACCAUGUGAAUCAGCAAGAGAGACUAAUUUCAGAGAGUAAUAAGGAAUCAGAUACAACAAAGAGUAAAUUUGAGGAGGCUUUAAAACGUAUAGGUCAAUAUAAGGGAGAAAUUAGCAAACUAGAUCAGAAUCUUAAGCUAGCAAUGGAGAAGUUAAGUUUAGCUGAAGGAGAAAGAAGAGAUCUUCAUGCUGCUAUUCAAGAAAAGCAAGCCACUAUAUCAUUACUCAACUCAAAAGAAAGGGAACAGAGGAAGGAAAUGAAAUGCAUUAUGAUUUCUAUUGAAGGAUUAUCAAAAGCGGUUGCGGAUUUUGAGUGCCGACUAACAAAGAAUGUUGAGCAGAAUUCUUUGAGGUUGGAGAAAUUGACUUCACAAUUCCUUCCACUAGUCCAAAAGGCUACAGUACUCAAAAGAACAGGGCUGGUUUACAAACAGAAACUUGAAAGAAAAUAUUCUGACCUCCAAAAGGCUGAAUCAGAGGUUGACCUAUUAGGGGAUGAAGUGGAUGGUCUUCUAAACCUUCUUGAAAAGAUUUAUAUAGCUCUCGAUCAUUAUUCGCCAAUAUUGCGACAUUAUCCUGGGAUUAUGGAGAUCCUGAAAUUGGUUAGAAGAGAAUUAAGUGGAGAAACUGUUAAACUAUCUUAAUCAGCUCUUCAAUAAGGAAAUGUUUGCUAGCUGGGUCAUCAAACAACUUAUUAUGUGGCCAGGGGAUAAUUUCAAUAAAUGAUAGGCCACAUUCAGUUAAUCUGGUGCCCAAAACAUGUCAUGUGGCCAGUCCAGCACUUAGAUCAGCUAGUUCAGUGCUCCACAUGGUGUAAGCAGGUGGCUGUCAAUGCCAGCUUGCUUUGACAGGGCCAUGUAAGAAGCAAUUUCUCCUUUUUAAUUCUUCUAGUUAUUAUUGUCACCAUACAAUUUUACUAAUUGAGUCAUCAAAUGGAUGUGGAAGAUGCUGCUUGGGUGGUCAUGGUCACAC